GGAAAGUGUGAAAGACAUCGCAACUUCAAGAGCGGAGGCCCAAGCACUCAAGAUACAAAAGUUACGGGAAAGUGUGAAAGGCAUCGCAACCACAACCACUUCAAGAGCGGAGGUUAUCAAGCAAGCAAAAGCCCUCAAGAUACAGGUUACGGUGUCCCUCGACAAAAGGGCUAUGUAG